AUGUCCAUGUCGGAGCAGCUCGCGCCCACGACGCCGGGCAACGGCCACGGCCUCGCGGCGCAGGGCUUCGCGGGCAGCCCGCCCGGCCAGCCGCGCGGGUUCAAGCGGUCUGCGUCCAGCGAGGACGACGACUUUGCGAACGGCGACGCAGAGGGCUCGCGCCCAGCGUCGGCGCGUCGCAACAUGGCCGUGAAGCGCGCAUGCAACGAAUGCCGCCAGCAGAAGCUCAAGUGCAACGUCCAGCGCGACCCGUUUGUGAGCUGCGCGCGCUGCGUCAAGCAGAACCUGCGCUGCGUCAUCGAGCCCAACUUCAAGCGCGUCGGCAAGCGCAACCGCAACGCCGAGAUGGAGCGCGAGAUGGAGGCCCUGCGCGCGCGCCUGGCGGCGUACGAGGGCCGCGGCGCCGCCGUGGCUGGCCACAUAGCCCACGGCGCGGCGCCGCAGCUCAAGCUCGAGGCCGCCGACGCGUUCCUGCACACGCAGCACCAGCAGGUCGCCGCCACGUCGCUGCUCGACCUGCGCAGCGGCCAGUCCCCCCUCUUCUACUCGCUCGGGGCCGGCGAGGUGCGCCUGGGCCUUGGCGACGUCAGCGAGCUGUUCGCCGAGUACUUCCAGCUGUACCACCCCUUCCUGCCGUUCCUCGACCAGGUGCGCUCGCCCGACGAGUACUACAACCACGACCACAAGCUGCUCUUCUGGGCCAUUAUCAGCGUCGCCGCCCGCCGCUCCACCAGUCGGCCCGCGCUGCUCAAGGACCUGGCGAAGCCGCUGACGGACCUGAUCUGGGACUCGAUCCGCAACCAGCCCAACCACCAUGUCGUCAAGGCCCUGUGUCUGCUGUGCACCUGGCCGGUGCCCGCCGAGCGCACCGUCACGGACCCCACGUACAUGCUGUGCGGCGUCAUGAUGCAGAUUGCCAUGCAGAUUGGGCUGCACCAGCCCACCCACCCGCAGGACUUCUCGCGCACGCGCGUCCGUCUGCAGCAGGAAGACAUCCACGACCGGCUGCGGACGUGGGCCGUGUGCAACAUUGUCGCCCAGACCGUCUCCACAGGCAACGGCCAGCCCUCCAUCACCCUCUACGACUCGACGCUGGAGUUCAAGGUCGACGACGAGGACCACAUGCGCACCAUCCCGCCCACCCUGUUUGUCCGUCUGCGCCAGGAGAUGGCUGCCAGCCGCAUCAACAAGCUCCUGUACUCGGCCAACACGCACAGGUUCGCCGCCGAGGCUGCGACAACGUACAUGACGCUGGAGGCGGAUCGCUUAAAGGAAGAGCGAGGGUCGCUGGACGGCGCCGACAACGAGCUGGAGGAGCUCUACCACUGUGCAGUCUCACUGCACCUGCAUCUCCACUCUUUUUUCAGCCCCGAGCCUCGACUCGAACGCCGCGACGAUCUGGUCGCGCUGUACUACGCAGCCACGGCGUACCUCGACCAGGUGUUCAAGUUGCAGCAAGCGAGCAAACUCCCCUACGUGCCUUACUACAUUAUGCAGAUGGCCCUCGCCGCUGGCUUUGCCCUCCUCAAGCUCCUCAACUCGGAUUUCGCCGGGCGGCUGCCGUCCAAGGGCCGUACAUAUGUGCUGCAGACCGUCGAGGCGCUGAGGCGAGCCAAAGUCUGGCCGAACGACCUCCUGGAUCGCUUUGCCGAAGUGCUGGCGCAGCUCUGGAAGGAGAGCUCACGGGGGCGCAGUCUUCACAGCAUGUCGCAAUCGCCUUCGAUCAGCAACUCUGGCAUCGCCAACAUGUUCAACACCCAGCCGCAGUCCCAGCAGACCACGCAGCAGCGACGAGAAAGCACGGGCAUGCUCGAGGAUCCGCUGGGUCUCAUUGUCCGUAGCCGCAUGAGCAUGAGUGUCGUGUUCGAUUGCGUGUGGCGGUGGCGCGAAGCCCAAGUCAGCGGUGCAGCAGAGCAGCUCGACAACACCGUCGUUACGAACCCCACGAACCCCGACUCCUCGAGCAGCUCGACGCCUCCGCCCGGCCUCGUCGUCGAAAAUCCCGCGCAUACCAUGCCCAACUUCAACCCGCAUCUCAACACCCUCAGCAUGCCCCUUGCGCUGCCUCAGGGCCUGGCGAGCGCAAACAGCUACGAGUUCUUCGACUCUGUGUCGUGGAUGCUGGAGGCACAGACGGACUGGAACCAGUACGGAUCCGGGGGCUUCGGCGCCGACUUUAAUGCUUAG